AUGAUUAGGAAGGAGGCCAACGUCAAAGCGCAGCCGGCGGAGGGUGGUGGUACCAUACAGAAGCCAUCCCCUACGACAAGGGGAAAGAAGUCGUCUAAGUACGCAUUUGCACCGUCCGAGGAGCAGGAAUUAGUUCACGAGCGCAUAACAACGGAGAAGCACAAAGGUAAGUCUGCCAAUGUGUUUUUCAGAGGUUUAGUUCGGUCCGAGCACGUGGAGUUCAAAGCCGUACCUGGAAUUUGUACGCGGGCCUAUGAUAUUCGUUUCGGUUCUGGUGGUCUUUCGAUUCGACACUUUGCAAGACUAUCGAGGGAUGAGCGGGUGGCUUGGUUGGAGGCCGGUGGUUCAAACUUUGACAAUUUGUCCGCAACUGCAGAAUUCUCGGCGGCAUCACCGGCAUCGCGCAUCGAAGAUGUUGUGGACUCUGCCAUGGUUUUCCUCACCUAUGCUCGCGAGUUUUGCUGUGCUGAACUGGUCGAAUUGGUUGAGACCAUCGUGAAGUUCACCGAACACACGCUAUCGCAGGUAUCGUGGACGCCAAAAGAGAUUUCUAGCUUAGUUUUCUGGGUAAAUGACGUUCUCGAGGAUUUUCGUACAGCGGCUGAGGAAGGUGGUGAGCUUCGAGCCGUACAGCAAUGUUGUACGACCGAUGACCGGUUGCUCAAGGAUGUGAUGUUUAUAAAGGUGCAUCGGCAAGUGCAGGAUCGAUUUGGGCGAAUCCCUAAGGAAGUACUUCGCAAAUUACCAGUACAGAACGACCCCGCAUCAGGAAAGUCGCGACGACUGUGCAUGCGUUUUCUCUCAGCGGCGGGUUGUGCGGUGGACAGUGAUGGCGGUUGUCCCAGCGAGCAUGGGCAUUUCGUUCCCAAGCAGCUACCCGCGAUCGUGAAAAAAGAGAUUGACAGGCGCUUUGGUGGGCUGAAGGACGAGCACAAAGAGUUAUGA